AAUCCACUACUACAUAAACAAAUUGUUUUCAUUUUCUUAUUAUUGUUUACGCUUAUGGUCAUAAAACGCACUUAUGAAGAGCUUACGUAGGUUACUUCUACGGUUGUUCAUAGCUCCAACAGACACGUAUAACGAAAGUUUUAUACGAAAAUGAUUAAGUUUUGGAAAAGUGCAGCGAAAGGUAAAUCAGGCUGUCCUGUACGACCUCCAGAAGUAAAAUCAGUGAGCACACCUGACAUCAAAAGCCUUAUAAACACACAAAUAUUACUUGAAGACAAUGCAGAUCCCAAGCAAAUGUUUGAAAAGACCUCAAAGCUGUCCAUAAGCUUACACGAUAUUAUUAACGAAAAGAAGGCUCUCAAAUAUUUUGUACAAUUCAUGGAAAACAUAGGAAAAGAUGUCCUCAUUAAAUGUUUGUUAGAAAUUGAAGAAUUUCACAAAAAUGUACUAAAUUCACCCAAUGCUAAUGACAGUGGAAAUAAUUCUAAAAUAAAUAGAACUAAAAGUUUAGACCUCCAGUGCAAGUGUGAAUUAAAUAAAGACAAAACUACGAAGUCACAAAUAUAUGAGUGGAAAGGAAAUAGUGAUAUGUUUACUAGUUCUAGAAAUUCUAGAUUCAGUGAAUGUUCUAUGAGUUCAUGUGGUAACUUGACAGAACAUGGAAAAUGUGACAUCUCAAAUUCAAUGAGAGAAGACAGUCAACUUAGAGAUUCUUCUGAAGAAGCGGUAAAAAUAUUCAAGAAAUAUGUGGCUCUAGAAGCUCCACACCAACUCGAUUUGCCUGAUAGUUGCAGAAAAACUGUUAUAUCCAAUAUCUGCCAACCUGAAGGAAAAAUACCUGAAAACUGUUUCAAACCAGUGCAAGAUAUUCUUAUUAGUCAAAUAGAAGAAAAUCAUUAUAAUGAUUUUAUCAACAGCCCAUUCUAUAUAAAAGCACAAAUUGACAUAUUGACCAGUAGCUCUCUAAAUCUGAAAGAUAUUUUACACAAUGAAACAGUCUUGUUUUACUUCACAGAAUUUCUGGAACAAGAAUCUUGCAGGGUGUUAUUAGAGUUUUUAAUGGCUAUCAUGCACUUUAGAGAUAAUAUGCUGAAUGGGAACACAACAAGUCCUGACCAAGCUCAAGCUGAUGCUAUAUCUAUCUAUGAAAAAUAUUUCUCUCUACAAGCAACCCACCCAAUUGGAUUUCCAACUGAUAUAAGACUAAAGAUUGAAAGUGAUAUAUGUAGAGAAGGAGGUCCCCUUCCAAUUUGUUUUGACCUGCCUUACCAAAUUGUGUUUAAAACACUGACUCAGUAUGUUAAAGCAUUUUUAGAAUCAGAGUUGUAUUUCAAGUACCUCUCAGAAAUGAUACAUUCAGUAGAUAAUAUGUGGUCAUCAAAUCACAAAUCACAUUCCGAUUGCAGUAGUGAAUUCAGCAUUAGCACUCAAAACACUCUACUUGCUAUGGGAGAUCCAGUCUUCCGUAAGAAGAAACGCAAUCUCUCUGUACCUGACAUGACAAUAGACUCCAAUCAGCUUUAUAAUGCUGAUGCUUUAUGGCAGAGAAAUAGACCUGAUGGUUUAAAUCUUGGUAGAGUUAAUAGUUUAGGCAGAUUUGAAUCUAAAUUUGAACCAGAUCCGGACAAAAAGGAUAAAUCUGUCUUAAAGAAAAUGGUAAGCAGGUUUGUGCCAACAAACACAUCUAAAGUGGAAGAAGAAAUGGCUUGGCAAAUAGCUCACAUGAUUGUUAAAGAUGUAACAGAUCUUACUAUGGCCCCACCAGACAAUGAGCAUGAUGAUAUGUGAUAGUUAUCAUUUAAUAGCAUAUUAUAUAUUUUGUAAAUCAAUAAUGUAUAGAUACUUGUAACUAAUAAAAUCAUCUAUUUCAUAUUGUAA